AUGUGGAGCGAGUGGCAGGCGUGCGUGGCCAGCGUGGUCACCGAGAGGGCGGCCGAGGCGGAGUGGGCGCCCCUGCUGGCGGCCGGCGCGCCCGUGCUGGCCGCCCUGGAGCGGCAGUACCCGGCACCGUUCACAGCCGCGCUGGCCUCCCUGCCGGGCGGCGCCCGCCCUGCCAGCGCCCUACGCGCCGCCCUGCGCGGCCGCCACGCCGUCAGCACAGUGGACUGCGCACUGGUAGUGGAGCUCAGCCACCCGGACGAGUCGACACGGCGCCAGGCGGCGCGCCGGCUGCUGGCGUUACUGCGCGCCGGAACGGUGACCGGGGAGGUGGCGCGCGGCGCGCUGGCCGCCGCGCUGGCCGGCCGCUCGGAGCGCCUGGUGCGACAGGCGCUGCGCGUGCCCAUCCAGCGGUGGCUGGAGCUGGUCGGCGCCGAACCGCUGACGGAGCUGCUGGCUGACGGUCUGGACGGCGGCGCCUCGGACGAGGUGGGGUGGCUGUGCGCCCGCGGCCUGGCUGAGCUGUUUGGCCUGCAGCGGCGGCGUGCGGCCGGUACGGCGCCGCCGGCCGCUCUGCUCACCGCCCUCCUGCCGACCGCAUGGACGGAGGCCACCGCCCACCACCUGGCCGCCCUGCUGCCGCACAUACUGCCACCAGAGGCGGCGGCCGCGCUGGCCGAGGCGGCGGCCGUCUCGCACUGGGAGUACACGGCGGCGGCGCUGCGCGCCCGGGUGUCGCUGCCAGCGCGGUGCGCAGCCGCCGCGCUGGCCUCCACUGUGCUGCGCAGCCACAGCCACGGCGCCGUCCAAGUGGUGCGGCUGAUACGAUCGCUGCUCGACCGCCAACAGGUGGAGGGCGAGGCGGGAGCCGCCGCGCCACCGGUCACCAGUGAGGUGCAGCUGAUCUCCGACUCGGAGUGGCCCUGGAGAGGCGCCGACGAGCACGGUGCGCCGCUGACGGAGCUGUUUGCAGCGGCGGCCGGCGGCCUCAGCCAGCGCCCACCGCUCUGCACCGCCGUCGUGGCCGCCAUCUUUCGGCUCUGA